AUGACAAGUGAGAAACAAAUGUCCCUAGACGUUUCUUCUAGUCAUAGACACGAGGACGGAAGUGUCGCCUUACCCAAAAUAGGUUCCACACCUUCGCCAAGUUGCCAGUAUAAGGAGGGAACCUUCUCUGCUUAUGAAGACGAAAUUGUAAAUGAGCUAGACUUCCGCCAGAUCGAAGACACAGAAACCAGCGGGAACUUACCUGUGAUAGACAGGCCACAGUUUGCAUUACUAGUAAUGCUAUACUUGAUCCAAGGUGUGCCAAUAGGGUUGGCAUUUGGAACAAUCCCGUUUCUCCUUAAGGGGAGCAAUUUAUCAUUCUCUCAAGUUGGAGUAUUCUCAUUAGCAUCGUACCCUUACUCUCUAAAGUUGCUAUGGUCUCCUAUUGUUGACUCGUUAUAUUUUAAAAAUAUCGGACGCAGAAGAUCAUGGAUUAUUCCAGUGCAAGCUGUCAGUGGAUUAAUGCUUCUUUUUCUUUCAACUCAGGUAGAUGCGUUGUUUCUUGAUCUUGAAGCUAAUUUAUACAGGCUGACUAUUGUGUUUUUCAUUCUGAUUUUGCUAUGUGCCACUCAGGACAUUGCAGUAGACGGCUGGGCGUUGACAAUUCUUUCUCCAUCGGCACUUUCGUAUGCUUCUACAGCCCAGACUAUAGGAUUGAACACAGGCUAUUUCAUGUCAUUCACCAUAUUUUUAGCGUUCAAUUCUCCAGAUUUUGCUAAUAAGUAUUUUAGAAAAGUUCCCUCAGAUGUGGGCCCAAUAACACUGAGUGGCUACUUAUAUUUCUUUGGAUGGAUAUUUCUUUCAGUUACUGUGUUUUUAUGGUUCAAAGUUCCAGAACAGCCUGCUCAUUUAAGGCACGUCAGUAAGAAACACGACGAAGAAGAAGCUAUAGAAAUGUAUGACCUAAAUGCUGCACCAGGAACUAGUAUGACUUCACCAUUCAGGGAUCUGGAACCCAGCUCAACGUUUGAGUCUUUAGUCAGUGUUUACAAAAAGAUGAUCAGAGUACUACAAUUGCCAAACGUUAAACUGUUUGUAGUGUUACAUCUCAUUUCUAAAAUUGGGUUUCAAGUGAAUGAUGGGGCGACAAAUUUAAAACUAUUAGAGAAAGGUUUCACCAAAGAAGAUCUGGCAAUAGCAGUUCUUAUUGAUUUCCCGUUUGAGUUAGUCUUUGGAUAUUACACCGCAAGAUGGUCUGCUGGAGAAGAACCUUUGAAACCGUGGAGGUAUGGAUACAUUGGCCGAUUGAUUGCCGCCAUGCUGGGUCAGCUACUGGUAUGGUCAUUCCCUUCCGGAGGAGUCACAACCCCCUACUUUUUUGCAGUAAUUUCACAGCAUCUAUUGGGUUCAUUCAUGAGCACUGUCCAAUUUGUUUCAAUCUGUGCAUUUCAUACACAAAUUGCGGAUCCAACAAUUGGAGGAACCUAUAUGACAACUCUAAAUACACUGGCCAACCUGGGAGGUCAAUGGCCCAAGAUAAUUGUUUUCACUUUGAUCGACAAAUUCACUAAAGCUAAGUGUAUCCUGCCAGCAACCGUAAAGGAACCUACAUUAUCACAACUAGGAAAUACCUGCGCUAAUGCUCACACGAAAGAACUUUGUCAAUCAGUAGGAGGAAAAUGUCAAAUAAUUACAGACGGAUACUUUGCCACAAACGUACUGUGUAUUGCUAUUGGGUUCCUUCUUUAUUUUGGUUGGAUCAAGCGAACGGCGAACCACCUUCAAAGUUUGCCAAGCACUGCUUGGAGAGUGCACCAGGACUAG